AUGUCCCUCCCGCCUCUCAACCCCGAAAAGUCGGCCUCGGGCAUCAUCGUCGACCCGCGAACACUGGAGCGGGUCAUUCCCGCUUCACGUCGCAAGGACGGAUCCGUGCGCAAGGAGCAGAAGAUCCGUGACGGCUACGUCCCGCAGGAGGACGUUGGGGCGUUCCGCGGUCGGCGACAGAUGGAAGCGGAUGCGCGCGGCACCUUUGUCCCCGGUGCCAAUGGGCGCGCUGGCGCCAGGGGAGCCAAGGAGAACCCCUUCAAGGCUGACCCGGCGAGCAAGAGCAAGGCCGCGGUCAAGAACGAGAAGCGUCAUACGAAGCGCGCAGAGCUGCGCUCGGGAAGGAACUGGGACAGCGAGGACAGCGAGGACGACGCUGAGGCGACACGCAGAGCAAUAGAGGCGCUGAGUGUCAAGGACCAGCCCGAGGCAUUUCCCCCUCUCGCCUCGUCCCCGAAGAAGGAGCUCUCCACAUCUCCCAGCAAGCCGCUCUCUGCGAACGCAUCGGCGUGGAAGCCCGUCCCGGCCGCUGCAACGACGUCCGCGUGGAAGCCUGUUCCGGCUGCGUCUACCGUGCCCGCCCCUGCGGACCCUAACGCGAGAAUGAGUGCGCCUGUUCCUGCGCGUGCACCCAAUCCUAGGCGACAGGCAUCAUCCAUCUUUGCGAUGCAGAGCCCUAACAGAAAGCCGCAGAAGCCACACCCGAUCCAGGGGGGCCGUAUUGGGCCGUGCGGUCUCGCGCACCCGCCGCCGCUCGAGCCGACGCCUGCCCGGCCCCCGCGCCGCCAGGCAGCUUCCAUGUCCGUCGCUGAUCGGGAGAGCAGCUGGCGCCGUAACGCUGCUGAGCCUCCAAGGCGGCAGCCGAGCGCUACUGAGCCGCGCGUUCGCCAGCCUGUGCGCAUGCGGGAAGGAACCGGUGGCCCGCUUGCCGACAGGGUGCGCAGCCUCCUCAUGCAGAACGCUUCUCCCGAUCGCCCACGGCGCGCGACCCCAAGCACGCCGGGCGAGUCCAAGUAA